AUGAGGAUCCAUUAUCUUCUGUUUGCUUUGCUCUUCCUGUUUUUGGUGCCUGUUCCAGGUCAUGGAGGAAUCAUAAACACAUUGCAGAAAUAUUAUUGCAGAGUCAGAGGCGGCCGGUGUGCUGUGCUCACCUGCCUUCCAAAGGAGGAACAGAUCGGCAAGUGCUCGACGCGUGGCCGAAAAUGCUGCCGAAGAAAGAAAUAA